AUGGUAGCUUCCCUCCAGGUCUUUGCAAUGAUUUGGGCCAGUUUGGCCGGCAUGUUGAGCUCAGUCAAGUUCUCUGAGGAUGCCAAUGAAACCGAACUCUCCCAAGUGUCGGAGGGAGGCGGGCUUUACUCGUUUGGCUCCACGGUGGCCAUCUACAACCCGCAUGCCAGCCGCUUCGUGCAAAUGAACAAGGACAGCAACACGAUGACAUCGAAAGCGUCCAGCAGCAUACAUCUCGAGAUGUUUGAAAGGUGGGAGCGCUUCAUCAUCGUGAAUGCCGGAAAUGGGAAGAUUGGUUUGCACAACACCCACAACAAUCGCUUCUUGAAGUUGGUCGGCGGAGCAAUUUACACCAGCCCCGUCAAGGACGUCAUCAGUCUCCCCUCAUCGGGUUGGGACAACGAGAAGUUCGAGAUCAUCGACGGAGGAGACGGCGAGGUGGGACUUUACAACAGGCACAACCGACGCUUCGUCUCCAUGGACGGGAAUGGACGCAUGUAUGCCAGUCCAGAGAGAGGCGACACCCUGCCCGAAAGUUGGACCCAUCAGAGAUUCUUUCUCGUGCCAGCAAAGCCCUACCUUGUGCCUGGUUCCGUCGUUGGCCUGUACAACGAGCGAUCUCAGAACUACCUGCGAUUGAGAGACUGGGACAUGGAUGGCCACCGGCCGCCCAACCCCCCGCACUUUCCUUCAAACUGGGGCUGGGAGAAAUUCAAAGUUCUCGAUGCUGGCGCUGGUCGGGUGGCCUUGUGGAACCACGUCCAUAGAAAGAUGGUCAAGAUGGACGGGAGUCGAGUCCACGUCAGCCCCGAAACCGCUGGCGAUCGCUUCCCCGGUGGUUGGGAGUCUGAGGCUUUCGUCGUUAUCCCGAUUUUGCCGAACGAGCACAAGAUCAUGCUCUGGCAUCCGGGAAACGAGCGCUGCAUCAAGAUGGACGGUACCAGCGUCGUGCGCAGCUCGACAAGGUCUGCCGAGGAUCUCAGCACAAGCUGGGACAAGGAAACCUUCAAAGUGGUGGUUCUCGAAGAUGCGCCGCCGAACUAG